AUGAAGAUCAUCAUUGUCGGCGCCGGAUUAGCCGGUACAGCUUCUGCUCUCGCUCUCACCAAAUGGAUGCCCAGUAAACCGGAAAUCACCGUCGUCGAGCUUAGGACCAAGCCCUUGACCAUGGGCGGAGCUAUCGGCCUCACGCCCAAUGCACUUCGAGCACUCCACGCCCUCGGAGUGAUGGAAGGGAUCAAGGAGAGACGGCUUGGGGCGGAUAUAGACCGUAUAGAGCUCUUCGACGUCUAUUCAGCGGCUCGACUCGGCAACAUCAACUUCUGUGACGCUUACGGGAAUGGAGUCGGAAAGCCAUCUUUCAAGGGAUUGAGAAUCCUGCGGUCCGAUCUCCUAGUUGCCCUUCUUGCGACAACCAAGCAGCAUUCGAAUAUCAAGAUACGGUAUGGCCGCACCGUUAACAGCAUCACCGAGGAUGACGAUGCAGUCGUGAUCGGCUUCGCAGAGGAUCAAGUCCAGCUGACGGCCGACCUCCUCAUUGGAGCAGACGGCAUUCAUUCAAUGGUUCGGAAGCUACAUGUUGAGCCCGAUCGAGCUCCCAAGUACACCGGCAUCGCUGCGAUUGGUGGUUUCGCCGUUGUAUCCCCAGAUCACCCCUUGCAGUGGGAAGAUACAGCAUUGAGCCAAUCCCUCCGCGGCAGUCUCCUGUGUAGCCAUUACGAGCGGACCAGAACCCGGCAAUUCAUCGCUGCCGUCAUGGAGACGGAAGACGUCAGGUCGAAGGAGGGCUGGAUCGCGAUGGGCAAGGAGCAGGAGGAGAUCAAAAGGAGGGUGAAGGAACGGUACCUGGGUGCUAACAUCAAGAUGCAUGGGAUACCCCCACUGAUCGAGUCCAGCCGCGACUGGAAUCUCUACCCCGUCUAUGCCCUGCCUCCGCAGGGAAAAUGGUCGACCGGGAGGGUCAUCCUUGUAGGUGACGCGGCUCACGCAAUGCCGCCUCAAGGUGAAAGCGCAGGCAUUGCCUUUGAGGAUGCCGUAAUUCUAGGCCGGACAAUGUGCACCACAGAUGACAAGGGACUCACUGGCCGAUUGGCUGUGUAUGAACGCCUACGCCGACCUCGCACAGACGAAGCCUACCGACAAGCGUCCUUCGGCUGGAACACGCUGAAGGAUUCGGGCUGGCUGGCGUUUCAGAUCCGGUCGUGGGUUACCUGGGCUUUUCUGUGGUGGACGGCAAAGUCGAGGGCUCUACACUACGGAGAAGAUCUGGCGACCAAAGAGCUGGAUUUCUCGUAA